UAAACUAUCGUGUACAGAGACCCAGGGCAGCGCAGCCGGCAACGACACAGUUCUGCUCCCCACGUGACGCUGCUGCGGUUGGAGGAGAAGCAGGAAGUGGGAGUGGCUGCCGUGGCAACAGGGGUCACGUGUGCUCCUGUAUGUCGUCACGCUCUGCGUGUUGUCAAGUAUGCUGCUGUUGCUGCUUGUAUAGGUGCAUACGGCUCUCCCUUUCUCUACCUCAGGCUUCCCCUAUGGCCAGCAUCAUGUGGUGAUUCCUUUGAUGACUGGUGCCAUACAGACCUCGUGCAAUAGGAAGAUGAUCCUAUACCCGUGACCUGCAAAAAGAAGGAAAAUGAUCACCUACCGCACCCCUCUUUCUGGUCUGGGCACAUUAGACUUUGCUCUGGAUUACUCCUCGUGGAGCACAUGCUACACCCUAAUAGCCGUUGGCUUCCUGACCUACUUGGGGAUUUUUGUAUUUUGUCACCUUGCGUCAGUUCUUCUUUUUGCUACCUACAGAUCACUCUCUGCCAAGGAGAAGGUAUUUUGGGACCUUGCAGCUACACGUGCAGUAUUUGGAGUGCAGUGCAUUAGUGCCGGCUUAACUGCAUUACUCUUGGACCCUGUACUCCUUGCCGAUCAGAUCACCGCUCAGCAGGGAUGGUCUUAUUUUACUAUUCUAAUAGCAACUGGAUUCUUUCUGUUUGAAAACAUAGCACUUCAUAUAUCCAAUCUCACAUUCUGGACAUUUGAUGUAUUCCUGUCUGUCCACCACUUUUUUGCUUUUAUAGGGUAUUUUGGGGCAGUGAACAAUGGCACAAUCGGCCAUUAUUUGCCUAUAGUGACAUUAUUACUGGAGAUGAGCACUCCGUUCACUUGUAUUUCAUGGAUACUGCUAAAGGCUGGCUGGUCGCAAACAUUAUUUUGGAAGAUGAAUCAGUGGGUUAUGAUUCACAUGUUCCACUGCCGCAUAGUCCUUACUUACCACCUGUGGUGGGUGUCUCUUUACAACUGGGAUCGUUUAGUGCGAUCUGCGUCAGUGGUAUACGUAUCAUUCUUCAUUGUCGGCUUGGCUUUAGUGACACUGGUAAUGAACCCAUAUUGGACUUACAAGAAGACUCAGCAGCUUCUGAAUCCUGUUGAUUGGAACUUUCAGCCAACAUUCCAAAAGCCAUUGGUGGAAAGAAAUGGCAGUGUUGGUCUGCAGAAGAAUAAAUAGAAGCAAGCUGCUAUUAAGGCCAUUCACUGAUCAUGUUUAGUGCAGUAUUGCGGUUGAUCAUGGUGUUAAAAACUAUCAUCAUCAGUAUUGACAUUUCAGACACCAAAAUGUAUUCUAGUUUUCAGUGUCACUCUGCAUCUCCGGUGGAUGCUGGGUAGUAUUUACUACAACAGGUAUUUAUUUCUCUUAUUUCAAAUCUAAGUUUGAAAAUAUGUUUUCACGGGUACAAAAUACUGUAUGUAAACUCCAAAUGCUCACCAGGAACAUGUUAUACAAAAGAGCAGCAUGUUUAAUUGGGUUAUUCUAUGUGAGUGAUAUAAUGCUUGUUUUUUUGGAAUUUGAUUAUAUUGUGUCCCAUCUUCUGGCUGGAUGGAUUCACCUAAACCAUUUACCAUUACUUGAUUUCAAGUAGUUUUUCCACCGCUGGUUAGCACUUCUCCAUAGGAAAUCUAAAUCAGUGUUGUUGUGUAUCUCCUCUACAUUCAAACUAGUUUAGACAUGAUACAUUAACAUAUAUGUACAUGAGAUAUGAAUCCUCUAGAACUAGAUAAAAUUAAGUAUUUCUACAAUUUAAAAUAAAAUACAUGGUUAAGAACGGCCACUGCAUAGUUUGAGCUAUUGCAGUUUUUUUUUUCUUCUUUCUCAAACAGUGGUGUAAUUACCUGGGGAGCAGGUUUUACAGGGACUGAUAGCUGAGGAUGAUCAGCUGGGGCCUGAUGCCCUCUGCAGUGAUCACUUACCUCUCUGCUAUGUGACCACAGCCAUACAGUUUGAAGCACCAUCAAGCUGUGCACAUGAGCUUUUUAUGGCUCUAAAUAAAAAUUCUGCCUGAAGUUCUAUUCCUCUCUGAGACAUAACUGUGGAGUGUUGUGUAGUUGCCAUGUUAGUAAGGUUGGAGGUAAAGGGGUGUGUUGCCCCUAAGUUCUAGCUACUCCCUUACAUCCAAACAUAUUUUCAUCACAUACAAACUGACUAAGUAGUGAGUGUAACUACUUGCUAAAAUGAUAUUUUUUUUGUCCGCAUACUGUAUAUAAAGUAAUUUAAUUCCGAGUGAAUCCGAACCAAUGCUGCUGAAGAUCCUUAGUAAAAGUACAAAAAAACUAAUGAAAAGAUAGUGUAUAACAAUCCAUCUGAAAUAUAAACAGCCCUUACCCUUAAUGUACUUGUGAGUCACAGUGCAUAACGAGAUCCGGUCUCUAGGUCGACAAGACUUAGGUUGACAGUGUCUAGGUCGACCACUAUUGGUCGACAGGGACUCUAGGUCGACAUGAGUUUUUCACACUUUUUUUUUCUCUCUCCAUUUUUCAUACUUUGAUCCACGUGGACUACAAUUGGGAACUGGAACCUGUGCCGAGCGCGGCGAGCCAUGUGAGGGUACAUAGUGCACUAAUUGGGGUUCCCCAUCACUCUGCAAAGAAAACUACACCAAUUUUUUGAAAAAAACUAAUGUCGACCUUUUUACAUAUCGACCUAGAGUCCCUGUCGACCUAGAAACCAUGUCGACCAAUAGUGGUCGACCUAGACACUGUCGACCUAAGUCUAUUCUAUCUAACAUACCACACGCGUGCAUAACUGUGUAAGAGAAGUUACUGUACACCAAAUAAGAGCCAGUGUGAUCAUACUCGCCUAUUUAAUAGGUGAUAAAUCUCAUGUAUUCAGAAGUGAUGUGCAGAUUCUAGCUGCUCCUACUAGACUCGGAAAUAUAUACAUAAUCUGCACUGUUGUAGCGAUUACUGUGAUAUAUCACACUCUCCUUUACACAGCAAAUAAACGCAUCCUAUAUGAAAAUAUUUCUUAAUCCAACAGAAAUGGAUUUAAAAGAUGAUAUUCUAAAAACAUACAAUAAAACAGUGGUGCAUUACUUUCUUUUGUAAUGUAAAUUCUAAUGUAAAGCCUUUACAUUUAAUUUGCUUUAGCAGCCAUUGCGUGUUAGGGGGUUUCAUGCAAUGCUCAGACACUUUCACUGUGUUUCAUGAGAUGUCUGAUCACUUUUUUCUGGAAAUUACUUAUUUUGCUUUUAUGCUUCAGGGGUUCUGAGUUGCAGAAUCCUGGUGUUAGUCUUCAUUGUGAUGUGACAGUUGUCAGCCAUGAUUAAAUCUUCAAACUUUCAUCUGAGAAACAUAGCCAGCACCAGGUUUCCCCAGAGGAUCUUUCUAUACUAAUUCAUGCAUUUGUGGCAGACUUCAAUUGCUAACAAACAUGCACCUUUCCUGACACAACACUUACACUCCAUUCUCUUAAGUCAGUGAUGGGGAACCUUUUACACUCCAGCUGUUGUUCAACUAUACAUUCCAGCAUGCCCUGCUACAGUUUUAGCAUUGCCAAAUAGCAAAACUGUAGCAGGGAAUGCUGGGAUGUGUAGUUCAACAACAGCUGGCGUGCCAAAGGUUCCACAUCACUGCCUUAAGUGAUUGACCUGUAAGAUGGCAAAUUCACUACCAAAUUAUCCCAUACCAUUUAGUGCCCUAGAUAAUAUAGGUCUUGGAUAAAUCAGCAUCUUCUGAUACCUAUACUCCCAAUUGAUCAGUUUGUUCUAACUGCAGGUAGAAUCUCUAUUUCAUUUGGGCUCCCAAGUUUUUAGCUUUAUGACUUAGUAGUAUAUUCAAUUGAUGUUGGAUGCUCUCCAACGGAGAGGAUCUGAAAUGUCACUACUCAAUGCUGGCCGGAAACGGCCACCAUUCCGACAAAUGCAUAUUCGACUUGAUUACAAGUCGAAUCUGCAUCAGCGGCAGACUGUAGAAAACAGCCGUGUUUUCGACAGAAACAUGUGGAUUGGCGAAUAACUCGCCGAUCCAGGUGUUUUCCGACAAGUGACGUUUUUUUCAACAGUCGAAAAAACUACGCUUUCAUUGAGUAGAUCGAAUGCAAAUGCUAUCUAAAACUGUCAAAGUGCUGUUUUUCCGACUGUCAGAAAAACUGUCACAAAUUGAAUAUACCCGUUAUACUCUCUGUAACGCAUAGUUUCAUGCGGUAUGUGAGGCCUCCCCUAGGAAUAAUUAAAACAUGGUUGGGGGUGGGGGGGGGGAGGCUUGGCUGCAUAUCACUAGCCCCCACCCCCAAAAUGCUAUAUUUUGUGGGUCUGUGGUGAGGGGAUGGGGCUGAAUAAUGCAAAUGUGCAUGAUUUAGCCCCGCCCCUACAUACAGAAGCAAUUCCCUGUAUGAUCGCCUCAUCCUGCCCGCUUUACUAGGAAACGUGUUGGAUGCAGGAUAUCUGGCCACUCUUCAGUGAUUGCGAGGGACUGCCUUAAAAAUCAGGAGCCUCCUGGUACUUGUGGAAGAGUAGGCACGUAUGCAUUAAACAGAUCAAAAUAACAAUUGACGUAAACAUUUUUAUGAAUUUUUGUUGAUUGGAACUUUGUCAUAACACACAGUGCUCUCUUCUGUAUUGUGUUGGUUUAUUACUUUUCAUAAUGUAUUCAUAUGUCCUUUAAUACAGUUCUGUGAUUAGAAUACUAAAUGUUCUAGACUAGAAUAAUAUUGUAGGUCACUGAAGUGGCUAAUAAAAGAACUAACUUUACACGCUUGAGUACAUUUGAUUGAAAUAUUUUUGGUACAAAUUAAUUUGUGGAAAAUAAAACCAUGAAAGCGACUCAAGCAUUUUUUUGUCUUUUGUUAUUCUCAUUUGACAUCUUGUAAAUUAUUUCUUUAUAACCGGAGGGCACCAUUAUUACCACCAAAAUGUUGCAGAGUUUGUGGCCUUUGUAGAAUGUUUAGUAACUCUAGGAGCACUGCACUUUGGAAUGACUCCGAGAGAUACAUAUAUAGUAAUUGUUUUUACAGACUGCAUGGAUUAAUGUUUUAUGGAGUGCAAUAAAAUCAAUAUAUACACAA